CCCUCAGUCACUGUGGGGUCUGUAGGACAAGGUGGAGACCCCCAAAAACAUCUCCAGGGGACCCCGAGGUCCUUGUGGGGUCUGUAGGGCAAAAUGGAGACCCCCAAAAACAUCUCCAGGGGACCCCGAGGUCCUUGUAGGGUCUGUAGGACAAGGUGGAGACCCCCAAAAACAUCUCCAGGGGACCCUGAGGUCCUUGUGGGGUCUGUAGGACAAAAUGGAGACCCCCAAAAACAUCUCCAGGGGACCCGAGGUCCUUGUGGGGUCUGUAGGACAAGGUGGAGACCCCCUAAAACAUCUCCAGGGGACCCCGAGGCCACCACAGGGACCCCAAAGACCCCCCGUGGGGACAUAGGGGGGGUUCUCUUUGGGGACACCGAGGCCACCCUGGGGACCCCCCUGGAUCUUUGGGGGACACGGGGGGGGUCCCAGGGGUCACCUUGGGGUCACCAGGGACCCUCAAAACCCCCCUCAGGGACCCCCAGACCCCCCUCAGGGACCCUCAAAACCCCCUCAGGGACCCCCAGACCCCCCUGGGACUCCCUGGGGACCUCCAGAGCCCCCAGGGACCCCAAAAUUCCCCAGGACCCCCAAACCCCCUUCAGGGACCCCCCAGAGCCCUCCCAGUCUGGCCCAGUUCAGCCCAGUGCCUCCCCCCCUGGGUUCUCCAUUACUGUGGGACAUCCCAGUAUGGACCAGUAUGAACCAGUACAGUGUCCUGGCUGGGAUCUCCUGGAUCAGCAUUGCCUUGGGCUGCACCAGUACAGACCAGUAUACACCAGUAUGGAGCUGGAAGGAGCCAGGGGCCCAACUGGGAGCCCCAUGUGUGCCUUGGGUCAGACCAGUAUGAACCAGUAUGAACCAGUACAGCAUCCUGGCUGGGAUCUCCUGGAUCUUCGUUGCCUUGGGCUGCACCAGUACACGACCAGUAUGGACCAGUACAACCAGUACAGCAGCCAAACUGGGAGCUCUUCACCCGCAUGGCCUUGCAUUCUCUGGACCAGUAUGGACCAGUAUGAACCAGUAUAGACCAGUACAGCGCCUUGCCCGGGAACUCUUCACCUGCAUGGCCUUCUGUCCUCCCAGUAUGGACCAGUAUAAACCAGUACAGCGUCUUGCCUGGGAUGUCUUCACCCACGUGGCCUUGUGUGCUCCCAGUAUGGACCAGUAUAGACCAGUAUAGCAUCUCACCCAGGAACUCUUCACCUGCAUGGCCUUCUGUCCUCCCAGUAUGGACCAGUAUGGACCAGUAUAAACCAGUACAGCGUCUGUGCCAGGAUCCCUUCACCCAUGUGGCCUUGUGUGCUCCCAGUACAGACCAGUAUAGACCAGUAUGGACCAGUAUGGACGGGUAGGGUGCCCUGAGUGGGACGCUGAUGCACCUUCGGGUUCUCCCAGUAUGGACCAGUACAGACCAGUUCCUGCCCCCCUCCACCCCCCCCUUAUUUAUUGGCCCUUCCUGGGGAUGGGGGAGGGGCCCAGGGGGGUCUUGGGUGGGUUUGGGGGGUCCCAGUUGGAUUUUGAGGGUCCCAG